CAGCCUACAGAAGCUCGGUGCGUCUGAUCCGCAGCACCCUCGGUCCAUUUCGCGCGGCCCGAGUCCUGUGGGAGUCGCAGAGCCCAGGUUGGGGACCUCGGUUCCCGGUGCGCAGCGGAGAUCGCCGCGGCGCUUAGGAGAUGCCCCGGAGCGAGGCGCGUCAGAACGCGCCGUGGGACCCAGCGCGGGCAGAGCUAGCGCCUGAGUUUGCAGCUCAGCUCAGGAGGAUUGGAGACAAACUGUAUUUAGCUUGGUGUGAACCCGACAUCGCUGAGGUGCUGGCGGAGAUGCCUAGCAAGAAGACGCAAAAGAGCGCGACAAGGAGCCCGAGCCCAACGCCGGUGCCAGCAGAUGGGGAAGAUGAGUUUACUCAACUCCGGAGAAUUGGAGACAAACUGAAUUUCUGGCAGAAACUUCUGAAUUUUAUUUCCAAGCUCUUUAAUUCAGUAACCUGAGUUCAUCAAAAGUUUUUGCAAGCAGGGGACUCCUAAAAAGGAAGUUCCCCCAGUUGGUGCAAAUGUCUAUUAUGGGAUGGACAGUGAUGUGAUGGAGGGGGAUGCUUCUGAGCACAGAUUGUGAAUGGCAUGAAUGAAUUUCUUCAGGAAAGGUUUCAGAAACCUUUCUUUGAGCUGUGAUAACAUGAAACCACAUUCCUUUUAAAACGAGACAAGAGGAAUCAUGGGAAUAGGGAAGAAACUGUCUUUUGAGAGUUGUCUGGUGUCUUUGCCAAGGCUGUUGUCCUGAGUCAUGGGAAGGGGCGUGGCAAAUGAUUACAUCUGAUGGGGAUAGUUGUUCAGUAUUGCCUUUUCCUUUUUGACAGCAACUCCAGAAUAACGUGUGCUAUUUAGUUUCAUUCACUUAAUCUUCUGAGAGGAAACAUUUAAUUUUUGUUAACAUUGAGUGUUAUAGUGAAUACUGAUUUUAUAAGUCACUGUGAACCUAUUGUGUCUA